GGGAGGUAUCGUGAGAUCUGGCAGGCUUUUGCGGCAGUCUGUGACGCCGCUGAUCCCGUCCGUGGGUUUGUUUGUGUGGAUUUCCUCCAUGAUGUCCAGCUGUCCUCCUCAGGUCUAACAGGAAACCAAGCGGAAGCAGCGAAACAUGGAAGCUGCGGAAGGUGUCAGCGCUCCCACUCCCACGGAGGAGAUGAACGGCGCCGGGACGCUCAUGGACUUCCUGGACGAACCCUUCCCGGACGUGGGGACCUACGAGGACUUCCACACCAUCGACUGGCUGAGGGAGAAGUCCAGGGACACGGACCGGCACAGGAAGAUCACCAGUAAGAGCAGAGAGUCCCUGUGGGAGCUGAUCAAGAGCCUCCUGGACGCCUGGUCUGGAUGGGUGGUGAUGCUGCUCAUCGGCCUCCUGUCUGGUACGCUGGCCGGUGUGAUCGACCUGGCGGUGGACUGGAUGACGGACCUGAAGGAGGGCGUCUGCCUCUCGGCCUUCUGGUACAGCCACGAGCAGUGCUGCUGGACGUCCAACCAGACCACCUUCGACGACCGGGACAAGUGUCCACAGUGGCAGAAGUGGGCGGAGCUAAUGACGGGCCACACCGAGGGAGCCGGGGCGUACCUGCUGAACUACUUCCUGUACAUCCUGUGGGCGCUGCUGUUCUCCUUCCUGGCGGUGAGCCUGGUCCGGGUGUUCGCCCCGUACGCCUGCGGGUCAGGAAUCCCAGAGAUUAAGACCAUCCUGAGUGGGUUUAUAAUCCGGGGAUACCUGGGGAAGUGGACCUUGCUGAUAAAGACCGUCACUCUGGUUCUGGCCGUGUCGUCGGGUCUCAGCCUGGGGAAGGAGGGUCCUCUGGUCCACGUGGCCUGUUGCUGUGGAAACCUCUUCUGCAGCCUCUUCUCCAAGUACAGCAAGAACGAGGGCAAGAGGCGGGAGGUGUUGUCAGCGGCGGCGGCGGCCGGCGUCUCGGUGGCCUUUGGAGCCCCGAUUGGAGGCGUUCUGUUCAGCCUGGAAGAGGUGAGUUAUUACUUCCCUCUGAAGACCCUGUGGCGUUCCUUCUUUGCCGCUCUGGUCGCCGCCUUCACGCUGCGCUCCAUCAACCCGUUUGGAAACAGCCGCCUGGUGCUGUUCUAUGUGGAGUACCACACCCCCUGGUACAUGGCCGAGCUGGUCCCCUUCAUCCUGCUGGGGGUGUUCGGCGGCCUCUGGGGGACGCUGUUCAUCCGCGCCAACAUCGCCUGGUGCCGCUGCAGGAAGACCACCCAGCUGGGGAAGUACCCCGUCCUGGAGGUGAUCGCCGUGACGGGAAUCACCACCCUGCUGGCGUACCCGAACCCGUACACCCGGCGCAGCACCAGCGAGCUCAUCUCGGAGCUCUUCAACGACUGCGGCGCUCUGGAGUCCUCCCAGCUCUGCGACUACAUCAGCAAUCCCAACAUGAGUCGGCCGGUGGACGACAUUCCAGACCGCCCGGCCGGGCCUGGGGUCUACAACGCCAUGUGGCAGCUCACCCUCGCCCUCAUCUUCAAGAUCGUCAUCACCAUCUUCACCUUUGGCAUGAAGAUCCCAUCCGGACUCUUCAUUCCCAGCAUGGCUGUGGGAGCCAUCGCUGGGCGCAUCGUUGGUAUCGCCGUGGAGCAGAUGGCGUACCACCACCAUGACUGGAUUAUCUUCAAGAACUGGUGUCGGCCUGGCGCAGACUGCGUCACGCCGGGGCUGUACGCCAUGGUGGGCGCCGCUGCCUGUCUGGGUGGGGUCACCAGGAUGACCGUCUCCCUGGUGGUCAUCAUGUUCGAGCUCACGGGCGGGUUGGAGUACAUCGUCCCUCUCAUGGCCGCCGCCGUCACCAGUAAGUGGGUGGCUGACGCCUUUGGGAAGGAGGGCAUCUACGAGUCUCACAUCCAGCUUAACGGCUACCCCUACCUGGACGUAAGGGACGAGUUCACGCACCGCACCCUGGCCACCGACGUGAUGCGGCCCCGCCGGAACGACCCUCCCCUGGCCGUCCUCACGCAGGACAGCACCACCGUGGAGGAUGUGGAGACGCUCAUCAAAGACACGGACUACAACGGCUUCCCGGUGGUCGUGUCCCGGGAGUCGGAGAGGCUGAUCGGCUUCGUUCAACGCAGAGACCUCACCCUCGCCAUCAAAAACGCGCGGCAGAAGCAGGACGGCGUGGUGAGCAGCUCCGUGGUGUACUUCACCGAGGACGCACCGCAGCUGCCGGCCAGCAACCCUCAGCCGCUGAAGCUGCGGCGCAUCCUCAACCUGAGCCCCUUCACCGUCACCGACCACACCCCCAUGGAGACGGUGGUGGACAUCUUCCGUAAACUGGGCCUCCGGCAGUGCCUGGUCACCCGGAGCGGGCGUCUCCUGGGCAUCAUCACCAAGAAGGACGUCCUGCGCCACAUGGCCCAGAUGAUGAACCAGGAUCCAGAGUCCAUCAUGUUUAACUGAGCACAGACUGAUGGAGCUGCCCCCCCCCUCACCGAGCAUCAUCAUCCUCCUGCUUCCUCAUUAAAGCAGAAGGAGAGGGACCAGUGAUGGCUGGAGGUCAAUAACUGGGACCAGUUUAGUUCAUUUUAUCAGCAUUAUUUCAUGGCUUUAUUUAACAUGUAUGGAUGUGAUCCUGCCUUCCUGUAGUUUGAUUGUUGCCAUAUUUCUGAUGCCAUCGUUGGACGACCUGCUGAUCCUGACGCUCGCCUGUAGCAGCUUGGUUCUUAGGUGAUUUAGCUCCACCCGCCUCCAGACGCCACUCCUCCACCUCAGUGUUCAUCUUUGGUUCCUCUCUGUGGUGUUUUUCUCUGUGGUGAAGCUGCUGAUGCUGCAUAUGAACUGGAACACAGUCUGUGGAAGAGUGGAGGGAUUUUAACCCUGUGAACCUAAAACGAAGCUAAUCUUCAGAUCAUCCAAACCGUUGCUCUGACAGAACUCACUCCUUUGCACUUUUGUUUCCAGAUUUGUAAAAAUGUAAAAGAAUAAACGUCUGAAUGAAGAGU